GAAAUGUCAGUUUGUGAAGUAUCUUCCACCACUAUCGACAAACUUUUUUCUGGUUAAUUAAUAUUUCGAUUUAUUGAUUUUGUAGACGAGCGUGCACUCCUCCGAAUCGAUUCCGUAUGCACAAGCCAAAGCAGAAAAUGACGUCAGACUCCAAGCCACAAGUGCUUGCUCAGGUGCUGGACACCAUAGCCAGUAUGAGGGAUGUCAACGGUUCACCACCUCAAAAGAUCAUGCAGCGAUUGAUGGUUGCCCACAAAGUUCCUGCUAAGAAAGCCGAGCUCGUGUUCAAAAAGGCUUUGAGGUCAGGUGUCAAAUUCGGCCUGAUCAAACAAGUGCCAGGAGGUAAAUACAAGCUAGGCAUGGAUAAAAAGGACUACCAAGUGUUCAAAAAGUUCCAGAAGCUGGAGGCGAACAUGCAAGACGAUCUGCCCUUGAGGCAAGUACCCAGGAGGAGACGUCGCAGUAAACGCGGGAGGAAAUCUAGAAAAGGCAGGAGGAGGAGGAGGAGGAGACAUUAUGAAGGAGAUUUCAAGGAUGUGGAUGACGAGGGAAAUGCAUCGAGUGCUAAAAGUAGUACAGACGAUGAAGACACUAAGGAAAAAAAUAAGAAACAUUCGUCUGACAAGAAGCGUAGAUUGAGCAAGGCAGAUGGUCUAAAAAGAGAAGACAGUGGGACUUCAGCAAGACAAAAAUCAAGCAAAAGCAUUAAGGAUGAACCCAUUCCAAAAUAUGACGAUUCUGGCGAUGAGAAGGAUCGAAUUCACGAAAGUGAUCUGAGUUGCGGUAGUGACCACUGCUUGUACAGGAACCAAGCAAUGGAUCAUGCUCAUCACCAUGAUCUUUGCCAGCAUCAUGCAUAUGAUCCAAAUAGCUACAGUUAGAGUUCCUCCCAUCAUAUGUAUAAAUUGUCCGUGUGAAAGUGUCCAGCUCUAAAUAAAGAAUCUCUCCAGGAAGUACAUGGUGU